ACAAAGCGUGUCAGCAGCGCGUGCCGUCGUCAUGACAACUACAGUUUUGCUCGGUGGGUUUGAACGGCUGCAUAACAUCAACAUGCAACUGCUGUUCACUACAGUAUUUUGAGAGGAAAAAUACGCGCCUGCCAAAUACAUUCAGAAAUGCAGAGGAAUUUGCAUCUAGACGAUAUUAUAUCAAAGAUACCAUCCCUUGACUCUGACCUAUCAUCAACAGACAAUGAAGGAGAUAACCUUCUAAAGCAACAAGUGACUCACUUGCCUAAAGGAAGCAGCAUGAACCUGGAGUGUCCAAAAGUCAAGCCAUUUACUUCCUGGACUGAUGACAGCCAAAAAUGUGACUCUAAUCCUGUGGGUCAUGAAGCGGAAGAAUCGCUGAAUGAAAAAGUGCCACAUAAAACAGCACACAAUGUGCCUUUGCAACAAAAAGCAAACAAGACUGAUUGGAUAGAGACUAAGUUCUGUCCUGUUUUAUCACUGACACCUCUUGAUACCUGGGAUCUUGACCAAGUCCUUCAGACGCUACAGCAACACAAACCUCUUGUCAAACCAAUUCAAUCCGAUACACACAGAGGCAAUGACAGUGAAAUGAACGAAAAUGAUUUAAUGAAGCAGCUGAUUGCUUUUUGUGAGAAGAAAGUAAAUGAGAUGGAAAUAAAGACACAUGUUUCAUCUACAAAAACUCAUAAUAUACAAGAAUCAUCCCUCGGAUGUACUGGACGACUGAUGAAUGAAACGGACGUUAAAGGGACCUCAGCACAAUUACAACACAAUCAAGAUUCUCCAACCAUAUAUAUGGAUUUGCGCAACAAUGCAUUUCAAACAAAACAAUCAGUCAUUAGCCAGAGUAACAGUGUCGUACAUCCGGCAAACCCGGACAAGAAAAAGAUCUCCACUAAGAAGACCUCUAACACUAAUGCAAGAGCAAAUGGACAGAAAAGAGAAUUUUCUGGGAAGAGUUUAUUAAUCCAAAACAAGAGACAGUCAGAAGAAAGUAUUUUAGUGAUGUCUGGGAGCUGGAAAAAUCCACAAGAUUUUGCUGGGGAUAAGCAGAAAAACUCUUCAGGGAAAAGGAUAAAGGAAAACCAUGAUUCAGAAACUAGCUGCAGUGAACCUGGCAUUCAGCAGUUCAAUGUCUGCUCUCCUACUGUGAAACAUGACCAACAUAAACAGAGUACUCCAUCUUCUCACAUUCCAGCUGCUCGAAACAAGCAAAGAGAGCAACACAGUCAAAAAAUCAGAUGGCAGAACGAUCUAAAGUUCUUGCAAGCAUUCAGACCUGAAUAUCUUAAUAAUAACUGUCAGGAAGCUGCUGAGAGGACCGAUAUUCUUUAUGAGCCUGAAUCAUCCUACCUUCCUUCGGUGAGCACUCUACCUCCAGAUCUACAGAUGAAGGAGUGUUUGCUGCUGACUGUGUCCUUAUCCAGUCCUGGGGUGGUGGCUGGAAGAACGCAGAGAAAAACACAGACAACGGAUUCAGCCUUGAGCAAGUCACAUGUUUACAAUGCACUCGUGGCAUGGUUCAUGUCUUUGACUGAUCCAAAAACAUGUGGGAGAAAAGGUAAGCUUGAUGCCCCUUUCUGGGUGGCUGGCCUGCAGCAGCUUUACAAGGAAGAUGGCUUUGCCUUGUACAUCUGUGCCAUGUCUCUCGAGGACUGUCGAACUGGCUGUAGAAAUUCCAGGAUGAAGAAGGUGCAAAGCGACGAGAGCAUGUUUUAUAGACGAGUUUGCAAGUUCUUUGCUCAGACGCCAUUGAAGACUGUUGCCUUCUGGGUACCUCAGCUUAAUCAUUUGCUGGAGGAACAGGCUUAUCCUACACAUGUCAACUUGCCCUCAUCCUAUCUGGACUGCUUCAUCUCUGUCAACCCAAACCGAGAGGCUGUUGAAAAUGUCUUUAGUAUGAUCCCAAGUUUCUACUGGCAAACUCUGGAAACAGAAGAUCAAAAAUGUCAAAGCACAGAAGCCACAAUUACUCAAGAGUGUCAUACUGAGACAGCACUUGUUCUGAUAGGCAGGGCACUGUUUCUUAACCCACUGGCAAUGCAUCACACACUUGAGCUUAUGUGGAGAUCAAGUCUAGAUGUAUGUGGUAUCCGCUUCCUCUAUCCGCCCCAAGAACUCCUGACAAACUUUGCUGUCAGCAAGUCAGUUAUGCAUGAAGGGGAACAUUCUCAUCAGCCAGUGCUCAUCAUGGCUUUCCGGGGUCCUCACGCUAACUCAGUGUGGCAGGAGAUCACAGGGCCAUCAGACUCCCAGCUGGCAAGGCGGACAGACCCAGCAUCUAUCAACGCCCUGUAUGGUCACAGUCAAGACCAGCUCCUGCUCUACUCACCCCGUCUUGCCAGUCUUGUGCAUCUGGGGCUCUGCUUGUGGUUUGGUGGUAGAAUAGCAAAAAACAGCCUGUCAACGAUCCAGGACUCUGGUGAUAAAGGAGUCAGAUGUUCCCAUGUUCUGACCUCUUCUCCAGCAAGUUUAUGUGCCACUGUGAAAGCGGAUAUAUUUCUCAUUGUGUCUCCUGUGGUCGGACCACGCUGUUACGGCUAUAUACUAUCUGCAUGUGCUAAAACAGGCUUCAGUCUAUUGGGACUUCAAAGAGCACAGAUCUCCAGGAAACAAGCUCAAUCUCUGGGACUCAACGCAAAGCAGGUAGCAGCAUUCUGUCAAGCUCCCACAGUGUUUCUGGCUGGAGAACAGGUUGAGCUGUCCUCUCAUUGCCUGGUGCUGCUCAUGAGGAGAGAGAGUGCAGUUAGACACUGUUCCAGACUGCCGAUAGGUUUGAUGAAUGAGCUUGCUGCACGAGGCCUUAUUGGAUCGAUCCGUUCAAGAUUCACAGAUGUUCUGGGUCCACAUGUCUGCUUUCACACUGUACCCUACUCUAAAAACCACCACAAUACUCUGGGUGGGAUCAUGUGGACAGUGCCGGAGUGUAGCCACAUGGUCUUGUCCAGACACACAUAUCCCUCUUGUCCAGACGCAGAGCAGGUGGUGAUUCUUACACUGACUGGUCAAAACAUUGUGGAGAAAGAAAUGGACUUUCUUCAGAAGGUUCUCAGUGGAGAUUCAGCAGGACAAGAGGGAUUUGAGUUGCUGGCACUAAAGUGGGAGCCAAAGCUAUCUCAGCAGCAGGCGCAAGAGUUGAGCCCGUUUGAGAUUGGAGAAAAAGAAUGGCAGAGCAGUGUGCAGAGCUUGACAUCCACUCCUGCCCUGGUUUUGGGUUUGAGGAGGGUGAGGGCAUUCGUCACCCUACGUAGACUUUUACCACAAAAUUACCCAGGAAACCUGAAUGUAUUGAUGUCCCCCACACCUGAGACAGCUUUCAGACAGAGCUGCCUCUUCUUCUCUGAGGCAGAAUUGGUCCCUGAUCACACCAGUCGUCCGUCAUUGAAAUUCUUACCACCUCAUCACAUUGACAACCCAGGUCUCAGAAGUCAGUCGCUUUACAGUUACAUGACAGUGGGCCCAGAGACACUUUUGACUUUAGCUCUGUUUAAGCCUGGAGCCUGGAGACAUCGCUUUGGUAGAAUUCUCACUGUUAUCAAACAGAACGGAUAUACUCUAGUGGGCUUGCGUGUGCUUCUGCUGGACUCAAGCAUGGCAAAUGCACUGACACAUCCACCAGAGCAACAGGAUCCCCUUGAGGAACUGGAGUUGAAGUACUUGGUAUCGGGCCCCUCGCUAGCUUUGGGUUUACUGAGAGUGAAUGCAGUAAAGAGGCUGCUGGAGCUGAUGGGCCCUGAGGAUCCCGUUGAAGCCCGUACCAUAGAUCAGACUCUAUGGAGGGCCCAGUAUGGCGUUGACAGGCUGCACAAUUUCAUCUAUGGAUCUCCGUCUUAUCGAAAGGCUGUAGAAGAUAUAAAACUGGUAUUUCCAGAGGGUGUGUGCUGCAACGAAACUUCAGUUAUGAGACAUGAGCAGAUAUCCUGCUUGCAUUCAGAUCCGGAAGCUAGUAUGGAUCGUGAACAGCUGCACACCCUUAGAACCGCCGACAAAGACACAUUUUCUUCAGGAUUCAGUCAAGGCAAGUCAUUCUUCCACUUCCUCACCCCUCUCCAUCAACACAUCACAAAACUGAGCCAAUGACAAAAACAUAAACGGUCAUGUUGGAUGUUUUACUAGCUGCGAUUGACCUCUGUAAUGAGGAUGGGAACCGUUGUUAUUUAUUUGUAUUUUGGUGCCAGUAGGUCCUUUGGUCUGCGGGGCUCUUUGUCAGACCACCUGCCUGCUGAUACCUUCCAACCUCCUGCGGCAGAAUCAGCCUCCUCUGUACUCAGAGCUACUGCAGCGGCUGCUUAGGACAGGCUGCCACCUGGUGGCUGGAAGGCUCUGCACACCAGAUGAGAAACAAAGGCAGCACAUGCGCGAGUUACUGAGGUCUUCUGCUGGUGAAGCACUUCUAUGUGAGGGGCCCUGUCUUAUCAUUGCUUUGCAAGCAGACAAUGCCAUCACAUGUUUCAACAUCAUUCUCCAGAGCAUUUGCAGGGAGAGACCCGACUUUAAGAGAGUUACAAUGAAACUUCUUUACCCAAACUCUGAAAGUGGGGCAAAGAAAUUGCUGUGUUACCUGUUUGAUGAUCUCUGUACUGACAGUCAUCCCCGCGUAGCACCACUAUAACCAGGAGUUAUUCCAUAAUAGGUACCUAGAGCUAAAUAUGUAGCUUUUUCUAUUUUCACAUGAAUAUGAUCACAGACAUCACUGGCAUACUUUUAUACUGAAAUUAAAAGACUGUAAUAAUCUUACUAGUGCAAAAAAACAGUGUAGUGUUGCAAAGUAGCAUAUUAAUUCAAGAAUAAUCAUACUGAAUUCCUGUUUUUAGUCUACUCUGUAACUGAUGAUUUAUAAGUACAUGAUGAAAAGAAGACUAGAAAACACUGGAGGCAGGUUCAAGAUCAAAAAUUAUUUAAUUCCCAAGAUGACAAAAAUAAUUCCAUGGAUUCUGUAAACCAUUGCAUAACUGCUGUAGUGUAGACAAGUGUUAACAAUUUUAAAUGAUACACUACAAGAGAAAGAUUAUGCAUUAUAAAUAAUACCAUCUUAAGUAAUUCUAGUGAAGAACAACCUCUCUGGCCUUACACACCAUCAAAACGUACAACUAUUUCAUAAAGAAGCCUCCAUAACUUAAACACAGAACUCCCAGUAAAUGGUUUAAGGUCUUGUGUUGACAACACAUACACAAAGUAUUAUAUUGACAGCAAAUUGUAUAGUAUUUCAACACUGAUUAGAAUAUAAGCUGUUCUAUAUAUUGAUGUAUACUGUACCAAAAUAAGGGAUAUGUUUCUUCCAUUCAAUAUAAACGAUUUCCUCAUUUUGACUUUUGAGCUAAUAAAUCUGUGAGUUGCAGUUUCCUUUGAAAAUUGGACCUCUCGCUCUAUUCUACAGUUCUCCUGUAAAACCCUGAGAAAAAUACAUCUCAUAUUCCCAUCAAAAUGUGACAUGGAUAAAUACAUAAACUGCAAUUGUGUUUAACUUAAUAAAUUUAUUCGUUAUGUGUCGCAUUUAACAAAACUAGUGCUACAUCAUUAUAGAUGAACUGUUCUCUAUGCUAUUCCAGUGACCCAUUUUAUAUCUAAUUUGAAUGGUACAUUCAAUAUUCAGGGAUUUAAUGUUCGAUUAACCGUAACAUUAAUUAUAGGGACCAGUGGUUCCAAAAAUUCUGGCUUUUAUUAUUAUUAUUACUAUUAUUAUUAUCCACUUACAAAAUUGUACUAUUGUAAUAGGUAUUUUCCUCCUGGCUAGUUUGCUAAAUUUAACCAGUUUCAAAUGUAAUACGUAUAUACAAGAUUGCAUAAAUCCUUAGGUUCAAUAAAUCACAUUAAUGACAGAGAACAAAAUUAGAAAAACAAAGAAAUGAAUAAAAGAAAAAUCCACAAGAAUGCAUAAAGAAAGAAAAAUGAUUAUUUCCACUGCAGAGCAUUAUGGUAAAUUUCCAAUACAUUAUUUUAUACAUUGCUAAACAAAGGAUUCCUUGGUGCUUCUUUAAUUACAGAUGCCUGGUCUUACGUCAACAUUAAAUGGUCAUUUUUGUUAAAGAUUACAGUUGGUAUUAAAAUGGCUGAUGCAGACAGGGGGGUUUUGUACAGAAAAUCAUUGUUAGGCAAACAAUUGACAGAAAAUCAGUUGGAAGCCCAAAAUAACUCGUUUUUAAUAACAAUUCCACUUUAAUUUUGACAUACUUCAUGAACGGUUCAGAUGAGCUGCUACUUUUAACACACCCUUGGUAAAGAAUACCGUUGUAAAACACCUGAACUGUUACUCUGACAGCAGAAACUGUGUACAUGCAUCAUCAUGCUGACUUUCCAACAUCAAUAAAUGGUUCUUUAUCUGAAUAAAUCACAUAUUACUCAAACUUAAAUUGUUCAAAGGCAUGGCAGAGUAGUUAGGUCAUAUUUUAAUACACUGGUCUGUAAAAAGUCUAAGACGGGACUCUCGUGCAUUGAGAAAUACAAAUUAAAGUAUCCCAAGGCACUAAAACUCGGCUCAUUUUCGAAACUGGAAUUAUCCAUUUGUUCAAUCAAAAAUACUUUCAAUGUGUUUUUAUUAAAGGCACACAUUUGUUCAAAAGAGACUCGAUCCUUACAAGACUUCAUGUUUUCAAGGAGAAUGACUGAUUGUAAAUGUUUUUCUUUUUUUUCUUUUAAAUUAAAAAAAGAAAAUAUUUAUUUUUCUUAUUCAUUACUAUAACUGGAAAACAUAACUAGACCAAAAAGUGAGGUUUAAGGCUAGGAAAUGUAGAUACUUGAACAAUUUUCAUAAAUGUAACCCACUGUCUGUCUCAGCCAUUUGAACUAGCAAGAACAAGGGAGCCACUUUACAUCACAAUCAAACAUGUUCUACACCGUUAUGGUAGACAACAUUUGACAAUACAAUAAUAAACUUCAAGGUAAAAAAAAUUAUUAAUAAUAAAAUAAAAAAUAAGUUAGAAGAUUUCUUCUUUCAUAUCCAAAUUCUUAAGAAUCCCUACUAAACAAACAAACGCCAGUCAAAUGGAAACGAAAGAAAGCACCUUACGGGCCGAGUACUCUUUUAAAUUCCUGACAGCAUACAUGUAGUGCACAACAACUAAUGUUUCAAAACCGAUUUCAGAAUUUUACAAAUAAGUACUAGUAGUAUAAAAAGAAAUAAUAUAUACUUCAAAUAAGCACUAAUCCAUAUGGCCACUUAAGAAUAUUAACACAAAUAUCCAUUCAUUACUAUGACAUUCCUUCACUGUAGACAACAGCCAUUUCUAUGUUACUGUUUUCACUGAGAAAUUAAAGACAAAAAAUCUUUAUAUUCAGUUCAUAAAGAUUUGUGAUUCAUUAGGAUUUUUUGAAUGCACAUUAUGUAUAAAAAAAAAGUACUGGAUUUGGUCAUAUUUCUAAUUUAUUUCCUCAGAAUGUUAAAAAGAAAAUGCAGUUGAAGAGAGAACGAAGAAUACUAAAGGUCUUUGGUAGAAACUACAAAAAUGGGCAUUCAGUCCAUUAAUAUUGUCAGCAAAAGCAGUUGGCAUAGUUGUCCUGUCAAAUUAAACAUUGAAAAACUGAUAUAGUAAUUGUACACCACUUCAAUUGAACUUUGAAUCGAGCUUAAACUAUAAAACCACUUUGGUUCAUUUGAGUAAAGUCCACAUUUGAUUCGAUAGAACUCUUUAUUUGAGAAAUAAACGUUGUGCGAAAUGUCAAAGAUUUCAACCGCAUUUUAGAAUUCUACAAAACCCUACGUUGUGGUCCAGUAACCAAACAAUGCAACUAAUCCCUCAAUAAAGUGACAUGUCCGCAAAGCUCUUGAACACUUCAGUUUCGGAAACAUCACAAUACCCCGAGCUGUUUUGAACCAUUUCAACCUAUCUAUGUCACCGGAAAGAAAAAACAUCUCCCCUAAUCAGACUAGAAAAGAUUAGCACAAAGUCAAUGCUUUUAAAGCACAGCACAAAAACACUCAGAUGCCGAACCAACAACUGGAUACAUCUGCUCAACACAAACAGAUUUGGCAGUGUGAUUAAGAGCUUCAGCUGGUUAACAGAAGUUACACACCGACACAUGCAGUGACAAAUCAGUCCAAAUGUCAAGAACAUCAGCUACAUACAGACCUUGUGGAUUAAGAUACGAAUACAAGAAAGAGUCUCUGCCUCGUGAAGCUGAAAUCAAAUACGAGAUCCUCAAUAACCAUCCCUUUUGAAGUAAACUGGUAAUCCCGGUUAAACUUUAUGCACCUUUAUGUAGUAUGUACCUGACAAUUUACCGCACAAACUCGUUGCUGUAAAUAUGAAAGGAACAAGAAAAAAAAAAAAAGUUUCAGAUAACACAGUAGCAGGUCAUUUCAAAUAGAUUACCUAA